UCAACCGACUACGUAAACAACCUCGUUAUAAGCACUAUGCUGCGUAAACGGCACUCUCGCCGGUGAGGUUGUCCAAGUGAAGCGUUCUGCAUUUUGUCUCUGAACCAGCAUAACCCGCUCAAGAAUUGAUCGUGACACGCGCACGGUGAACAGCAUGGAUCUUGUACAGACGUCGACCGUUGCUUCCCUGCUGUUAUCGUUGGCAGCGUCGAUGCCGGUAGGAGCUCGAACCCAUUACCCUGAAGUCCCAUGGAAGUUGGAAGCCAAGUGGGCAGUGGAAAAGGCUGGGUACUUUCAAGGAGACAUUGUUGUUCCCGAAGGCCAACCCUUAGAGGUGAACGCGGUGACCAGUAGAAAGCGGCUGUGGCCCCGAGGCAUCAUUCCCUAUACUGUGGACGACUUAUUCACAUAUCAAGAGACGAUUAAAGACAUCAGAAUGUGGAUGAACAUGAUCGAGUACCUGACUUGCCUGCAAUUUGUGGAGCGCACUACCGAGCCAGACUACAUCCAUAUUCAUCCCGGUACUGGGUGCUACUCCUACGUCGGUUGCAAUGGUGGAGAGCAGGUCCUCUCCCUGGGCCGAGGCUGCCUAUACGAGGGCACGGUCGUCCACGAGCUGCUUCACGCAGCUGGCCUCCACCACGCGCACACGCGUCCAGACAGGGACGAGCACCUGGACAUCUUAUGGACAAAUAUUGAUCCAGACUACAUCGACCACUUCGAGAAGCAAGACCUCCCAGCAGAGGAGCUGCCCGUGCCAUUUGACACGCACUCUGUCAUGCUGUACCCUGCGGACGCAUUCGUCCGCCGUGCAGGCCUUACAACUAUCAAGGCGAAAGACGGAAGCCCGUUGCCUCAACUAUACAAUAAAACGGGACUCAGCGACAUCGACAUUCUCACCGUCGGCAUUUUGUACAACUGCUCAAGAAGAUGGCGUCCUAAACUAGUGCCGCACGAACUUUGACGACACUGCAUUUAUUAAACGAGCAUAAAUG